AUGUCCACUAACAAUAACAAUUACGAAAUUCCACUUAUAAAUGUCGACCCCCUUUCGCUCGAUAAAGGAAAGGGCAAAGAAGUGUUACAAAGUGAAACAACCUUAGUUGUCACUACAAAACAAA